UACUAUUAUAUUUGAGACAAUAAUAAGACAGAAAUAGAAAUGAAGUAUUCACCAAAUAUGAAGCAGCUACCUAUACUGGUGUUGUCUGUCGUUAUAGCAGGAACCACUGUACAACAGUGUGACAUUAAUGGUGUUUUAAAAUGCUGGAGUGAGUCAUCUGUGCCAGAAAUCAUGAACAGGUUUAGAACACCUGAAUUCUUGAAGACUUUGAAUGCCCAAUAUGCAACUGAGGAAUAUUGUAGUGCUCAAACAAAACUCGAUUUAUGCAUGCAAGACUACAGAACUAAUUGUCCUUCCGACGACACUCUGUCAUUAGACACCAUCAUAUCAGCUGGAAAUUUUCUGUGCACAGAUGGUAAACAAGGUUUCAUUAAUCAUUUCCACUGCUUGAUGACUGAUGCGUUUCAAACCAGCACAUUGACUUGUAUGAAUGAUAUGAUGGAGCUGUCCAAAAAUGUAAGCAAGGCCAAGGACAAUGGUCGGAAUCUUUCCAGUGAAAAAUGCAGGACAUCAAAAGAAGCAAUAACUUGCAUUGAGGAGAAAACUAAGAUAUCAUGUGGGGAAUCUGCAGGUCAAUUUGUCCAUCAUUAUCUCGAAGCAACCCUUCAACCAUUACUGAAAGACGUACAGUGUAACCACAGUCAUUCACCAAAUGAAUAUCCCACUUCACAGAAUGUGCACAUCGUUGGAAAAACCUGUAUAAAAUAUUGUUAUAAAUAUCCUCAAAGCUCUGCCACACCCGUCCUGGAGAGCACAAAAAAGGAGAUGGAUGGCUGGUGUGAAACCAACUGUAAGCUUGGUAACUGUCCCGAGAACCUCUGUACCUGUGACUGCCAAAUUCCAACACAGGUUCUUGUGUGUGAGCCAGUCUUGUCAAAAUUUGGCGCCAAAGAUGACGCUGCUUCCUGGUGUUUAAACACAUGUAAAGCAGGACACUGUCCUGAGGAUUACUGUAAAUGUCAUAUCCUCUAUAGCCUUCCUAGACCAGUCACAAAUGGAUUAUGACGUUUAAACCUUGCAAAAUUGAAGAGAAAUCCAUAAGUUUAAAUGUUCAAUUGCUUUAAUAAUAUUUUUAUUACAGUGUUUUUAUUAAUUGUCCGUUUAAGAUUAUUUAUUCUUUUUAUCGGUAAUGUUCUGAAUAAAUGAUUCACCUCUGUUAUUACCAGAAUGAUUAAAUUUUCAUUUGCCUUAA